AUGCACGGGCUCGCGCCGCUGCUGCUGCUGCUGCUGCUGCUGCUGCUGCUGCUGCUGCUGCUGCUGGUGCUGCUGCUGCUGCUGCUGCUGCUGCUGCUGCUGCUGCUGCUGCUGGUGGUGGUAGUGGUGUGCCUCGUCCAAGGGGUGGCUGCGGCGCAGGCGGGCGUGAGCGUGAUCCAGCCCAACGUGGGGCGCGCGCGCGACUGGAACAACAAGCACCCGGGCGCAAUCCACGAGCCCAUGGGCCGCCGGCGGCGCGGCGGGUUUGGUGCUGUGGACGACCCCGGGCUCCAGCUGGUGGAGCGGCUGUACGGCUAUGUCAAGGCCUACCACCCGCGGACGCGCGUGAUGGCCUCGGGCAUCCGCACCAAGCACGAUGCGCUGGCGCUGGCGGGCUGUGACUACCUGGUGUUGCCGGCGCGCGUGCUGUCAGAUCUGCAGGAUAGCCCCGCACUGGAGGGCCCCGACGCUGUGCAGCUGCGCCUAUCCCCAGACCUUCCGAUUGGCGAUGACGAGGCAGACAACCUCGGACAGAUCGACGAGGCCUCUUUCGACGCGUGGCUGGGGCCGGCUGGCCGGCAGCUGCUGGGGGCGGGGGUCAGGGGUAUGGUCAGCGAUGUCGAGGCGCUGUUGCCCUACUUUGGUGCAAUGGCGCUGAGGGCAGAGUGA